AUGACAAGCACAGGCAAGGCGCCAGCCUCGAGCGGCAAGGAUGAGACCGCUACCAACCCUCGUGGCAUUCCCUACGCCCCUUUCGUGGACAAGGUCGAGGACUACGUCGCUACCCGAGAAGAUGUCGAACCAACAUUGCGAAGCUUUCAGGAGAUGAUUUCAAAAUAUCAGUUUAUGGAGAUGAACCUCCAGCGCCGAAUGGCCGGCCUGAAAGACAAGAUACCCGAAAUUCAAAAGACACUAGACACCGUCAAGUUCCUGAAGCUACGAAAGGACGACGACGAGCCUAUAGAGACGACAUUCGAGCUCAACGAGACACUAUAUUCAAGAGCAAAUGUCCCUGCUACCGAUGAGGUUUACAUUUGGCUAGGAGCCAACGUGAUGCUGUCGUACCCCAUAAAUGAAGCCGAGACGCUAUUGAGUUCAAAAUUGGCCACGGCACAAACUAGUUUGUCACACUGCGAGGAGGAUCUGGAUUUCUUGCGGGAGCAGAUCACUACUAUGGAAGUCGCAACAGCGAGAGUUUACAAUUGGGAAGUGGUGCAGAAGCGGAAAGAUAAGUCGACUGAGGAGGGAGGUAAGGAAGAAUCUAGUGAAAAGGCGGCGACAUCGGAGCUUGAGCGAGGGCGGCGCAUGCCGCCACGAGCACUCCAACAUGCCUUGCUAUGCCGCCAUUCACUGCCGCAGGGCCGACGCUUGUACUCGGCUGGUGCAGUCGCAGUACAGGACAUAGAAUCAUCUAGGUCGCGUCUCGAUUCUGAAGCGACCGGCAAUGGCCAGCAGUUUCGCGAACGUAAUUCCAACUUCGCUCUCCGAAACGGCUUCCAUCAUGCGACGUCACAUGGGGUGAAACGCCGCCCUUGGGCUGACAGCCCGAACAAGAAAUACACUAGAUCAUCGAAAGUUCGAAGACCGGGGCAAUUACUCGAGAACAUGCCCUCUAGCGAGCUCAUUGAGAAAGUACUAGGAGGGAGGCCAGAUGGGCACAUUUGGAGAAAGAGGAUCGCCAAAUUUCGGACCAUCCGGUUAUCUAUUCUUCUAUUACAGGAGGUCAUAAGACGUGACGAAUUAGAAUCGACACAUCAGAACGGAUUGUUGGAACUCUUGCCAACUCCAGAAGAGAACCAAACCCUAUUACAACACCCAUCGCUGGCGGGUCAUACUCAACAAGCUGUCGAGCGGUACGUGUAUGUCCUGCGAGGCCAAAAUGACGACGAACGAUGCCAGAGAUAUCUGGAGAAUCCUGCUUCGAUUCCGCUGUUCAUAUUCCAUUUCCUCGUUCGAGCGUCUUCCAGUCUUAGCGAUACAGAUACUUUGCAGAAGGUGAUUGAGUCAUCUAAUGCAUAUUACGACGGUAGCAGGACCAAGGAGAGACUAGCAGAGCAUAACCGAGCUGCAGCCAGCAGGGCCUCUGAGAACGGGCUGGAUAUUGAUCGAGCAAACUUUAACCUGAUGAUGCGGCUAUUGGUCCGGCACUGUCACCGCCUCGAGCCUAGAUUCGUUGUGAAAUUGGCAGACUCGGCUGCACAAUACAUCCAGAAUAUGUCGACUUUACCCGAAGGAGAAAGGAAAAGAUAUAUAACACAGUGCAGUCUGUUCAAUGGAUGCUUGCAAAUACUACAGCCUCAGCCUCACGUCCAAGUCGCUCAGCGGUCAACCCCCAAUGCCUAUUUCUGGGAAGCACAGAGAAUUCUCCUGUCAAUGUCAGCAGACCUUCCAAAACCACUUCUCGUGGAUAGAGAUGGGUUCCGGGCGAUUCGGGAAGUGUUGUCUGGUCUUCCUAAGAACUACGCAGAAGUACACAGCUCCACGCGACAUGCAUCUAGUUGGCCUCCUUAUCUGCAGCUGGGCCAUGGAAUGGAUGAACGCGCUGAUCCGGAAGAUAAUUGGAGUCGCACGGUCAGUGCGGGAAUGCUCAUGCAAGAGGCUGGGUUUGCCAAAGAAGAAGUCGACGAUGCGGUGGACAUUUUACAGGGAAUGACGCUAGACGGAAGCCCAACUAUUCAGCAAAGAGCCAUGGUUUCAAAGGGCCGAAACAUGGGAGUGUGGGAGGCAUCAAUUCGGGCCACACGAAACGCGCAAGAAGCAUGGGACCGAUUUCAACACCCACCGGACGGAGGGCUGAAGCCCGGGCAAGAGCAAUAUACGGCGAUGUUUGAGAAGCUGGUUCUGCGAGAAGUUGAGCAAGACAGCAGAAUCUCACCUGGCGACAAGGCCCUGAACUUUCCUACACAGCACGAGGCUAAUCUAGCCGAGUUUGAAAGAGCACGCCUGCGGCCGCCAAGCGUAUCUGAGCUCUACCAACAUAUGAGACUCAACGGUGUCCAACCCGGUGGAUCUUGCCUUCGUAUCCUAGUUGCCAAUGCUGCUUCUUUGGAGACGGCCCACCAGUAUUUGCGGGACAGCAUUGAGAAGCCCCGAAUCGUGCGAAAUCUCUUGGCUGAAGAACCAGAUGCUGGGCAAUUGAGACUUGUUCCUAUUGGGCUGUUCGCGGCAUAUAUCCAGGUCUGUUUGCGAGUGGAAGGACAGCGCAGAGGUAAUCAGCUGAUGCGUGUUAUACGGCUCACUGAGUCAAGGCUGAGCCAGGAGCAGUCUCGGUGGGUUCCGUUUAUUUGGGGUACAAUUCUGAAAGAACUCUCGCAACACCACAAGGCGUUGAGGAUUUCGCUCCACCAACAGCUAAAUCUAAUGCUGAGGGUGACGGAAACGAUUGGAAACAUAGAUGGAAUACAAUUGUCGACGUUUACGCAGCUCAACAAGGGUAUCCGGAAAGCUACGCGCCGACAGCUGAACAAACUAUUUGGAGCUGAUGCUAAGAACAAAGAUAUUGCAAAGAACCCAUUGGUAGAGGCACUCUACUGCCGGUCAAGCCGCAUGAAUGCAAGCAAUGAUGACCACCUUGGCACUCGACUACGGAACGAAGCGGAAGGUGGGGACACAUCAACAACGGGCGGCGGCGAGGUACCACUUCUACAAGAAGCCAGAGUGCGAAUCAAGGACAUGUUUUGGACACUGGCGCAAAAGGAGAGACAUGCCCAGGAGCAUCUUGAUGGUUACCAGAUUGCGCCGCUUGAAGCCAUGAAUUCCCGGAGGGAUGUUGUUCGAAGCGACCAUGCCCACGAAUACAUGCUCACGCUUGGCUAUCUGGGAGAAUUUGAGGAAAUGGGGCGGCUACUAGAGUGGCUAAUCCAUCAAUGGGGCGACAUGGACGUGGUAUCGGCAUUAAGCGAGAUGGAUGAGCCUCCGCCGUAUGCAGAUUUCUUCGAGACGCUGUGCGUGUUUCGAUUGGUGGCAGAGCCGAUGCUCGGAAAUGAAAGAGUCUCGAUGCUAUUGCAAACGAUGGCGGACUCCCGAUUGGGCUGGACUUGGCCGGACGACGAGGCCGUUGAAGCGUAUGCCGACAUACACGAUGACGAAUCAAUCAAGAUAUUGCGUCGGGCUGUGGAAUUAGCAAGGGACGCGAACAAAGCCCAAGCCUCUCGCCACACGAUGGCCUAA